AUGGGGAGCAUAGGCAUUGUCAACUCCCAGCAGCAUCAGAGGUAUCGCAUCGGCGUGGAUGUGGGAGGCACCAACACCGACGCGGUCCUCAUCUCCCUCUCACCCACGCAGAUUGUCGCAUCCCAUAAAGCGCCCACGACACCCGAUGUGACGACGGGUAUUACCGAGGCUGUCCGCGCCGUGAUCCAGGCGAGCGACGUGGCCCUCGACGCUGUAAGCUGCGUCAUCGUCGGCACGACGCACUUCGUCAACGCCGUGGUGCAGCGGUCUUCCUCCUUACAGCGCGUCGGCGUGGUACGUCUGUGCGGUGGGAGCGAGCAUGGCUUCGGGUUGGGCGUGCCCCCCUUCAUCGACUUCCCGGCCGAUUUGCGCCAGAGGAUCGCCACGCGGCCGUUCUUCUGCCACGGCGGCCACCAGAUCUCGGGCGCCGAGAUCUCCCCCAUCGACGAGGCCGAGCUUCGUGCCGUGGCUGAACAGCUGAUCCGGGACGGCGUCUUCAACGUCGUGGUCGCGGGCAUCUACUCGCCGCCCAACUCCAGCCAUGAGAUCCAGGCCGGCAGAAUUCUGCUGGAGAGGAUGCACGAAGUGGCUGCAUCUUUGGGGGUGUCAGCACAGAGACCUCGGGUGACGCUCUCGCACCAGAUCUCGUCGCUGGGCUUCCUCGCCCGAGAGAACGCGGCCGUCCUCAACGCCUCACUGAGACCGCUUGCGGAGAGGACCAUCUGGGGGUUCCAAAAGGCCAUGGUGGACAUCUUCCAUGGGUCGCCCUGCCCGCUGUACCUCACGCAGAACGACGGAAGCGUGCUGAACGCGCCUGACGCCAUCGACCUGCCUAUCCGCACGUUCAACUCCGGCCCCACCAAUUCCAUCCGCGGCGGCGAGUUCCUGUGGACAACGGCGAGCGGCACGGACUCCCAGGCACCGCGCCAAGAUGCCCUCGUGGUGAUCGACAUCGGAGGGACGACCUCGGACAGCGGCCUGUUGCUGCCCAAUGGACUGCCCCGGAUGAGCUCGCUGAUGAGUCUGGUCGGGGGCGUGCGGACGAACUUUGCGUUACCCGCGGUGGAGAGCGUCGGUCUUGGGGGCGGGAGCAUCGUUCGAGUAGUCUCAACAGACCAUCUCACGGUCGGACCGGACAGUGUCGCGCUGGAACUGCCGCAGAAGGCACGUCUGUUUGGAGGAGACGUCUUGACCGCGACGGAUAUCGUAGCCGCGUCCGAGCUCUACCACCCCUCGGGAGAGAAUCCCCUCGAGGGACUGGGCGACCCCAACCGUCUGAAAGAUAUAAGCCCCGAAAUGGUCAAGCGAGCCAAGAAGGAGAUGCGCCGCAUCGUGGAAGAGCUGGUCGACCGGACCAAAGUGCAGAAGGGAGACGUGGAUGUGCUGAUUGUCGGCGGGGGCGCCAUUCUAAUCGACACGGACGACGGGCCACUGGCGGGAGUGCGUGCGGUGCGCCGGGUCAAGGGCGGUGAGGUGGCCAACGCGGUCGGGGCGGCCAUUUCGCGGGUCUCGGGCGUGGUCGACACCGUGGUCGACACGGCGCACCAGACGCUGAAGGAGGCGCAGGAGAUGGUCUCGAACCUGGCCAGAGAUGCGGCUGUGGCGAACGGCGCCCGGCGCGAGACCGUUGAGGUCGCCGAGGUCACCAUCCUCCCGAUCCAGUACGUCGACGCCAAGGCCCGCAUCCUGGUCCGGGCCGUGGGUACGUUAGAUACCGUCAAGCAGAACGCCAAACAAGGAAGCGGAGCAGAAGCCUCCUCCCUCCUUCAAGUCGUCGACGACCUGCCAGAUCUUCCCGAGCAGGUUCCUCUACCCGCAGCCCAGGUAUCAGGCAACUCAGGAGAGGAGGAGAAGGCUGCCAUCACCGACCUCGCGUCUUACGAACCGCGAGUGGAAAACCGGGCGUGGAUCAUCUCCGAGACCGACCUCGCGUGGAUCGCCAGCGGGUGCAAGAUCCUGGGCUGCGGCGGCGGCGGGGACCCCUACCAGCAGUUCCUGAAGAUCACGUCGGUGCUGCGCAAAGCGCCCGGGGCCAUCAGAGUGGUGUCGCCCGACGACCUGGCCGACGACGCCCUGAUCGGGUGGACGGGCUGCAUGGGCAGUCCCGAAGUGAGCCUGGAGCGGAUGGAGGCCGACGAGUGUAACAAGGCGCAGGACGAGCAGGCGCGGGUCUUGGGCCUCCAACGUCCCAUGGAUGGGUUUAUGGCGGUGGAGAUCGGCGGGGGCAACGGCAUGGUCAACCUGGAGGUGUCGACCGCGCACGGCGCCCCGUGCGUCGACGCCGACCUGAUGGGCCGCGCGUACCCGACGUUCUGGCAGACGACGGUGAAUGUGUACGGGUCGCCCAGAGGGGAGGCCCUGGUGCCGUCGACCAUCGCCAGUGGAGACGGGUCGUUCAUGACGAUGACGGCGAGCCGGACGGAUCGGCUGGUGGAUAGCGCGCUGCGGGCGGCGACGGUGGAGAUGGGAUGUCGCGCGGGCAAAGCCGGACCGCCCAAGUCCGGCAAGGUCGUCCGGGAGCAGGCCAUCCUGCACACGGUGUCGUUGGCGUGGUGGAUCGGGCGGGCCGUGGCGCUGGAGAAGAACGUCGCGGACCGGGCGCGGCGCAUCGUCGACGCCGUCGGCGGGGACGCCAGUGCGCGCAUCAUCCUGGCCGAGGGCAAGAUCACAAGCGUCGAGCGCGUGCUGAAGACGGGCCACUCGUACGGGGUGGUCGAGAUCGACGGCGUGUUGAGCAGCGGUGAGAAAGCGACGGUGCGGAUCCCAUUCAAGAACGAAAACGCCUUUGUCGAGGCCGCCACCACCACCACCGUCACCAGUGACAAUCAGACACAAACACAAACACAAACAUCCAUCCUGGCCGCGGUGCCGGACCUCAUCGCGGUGCUGGACCUCGAGACGGGCGCCGGGCUCGGCACGCCCGAGUACAAGUACGGGCUGAAGGUGGCGGUGGUGGCGAUCGCCGCGUCGCCUCGGUGGACGGACACGCCGCGCGGGCUGGAGCUGGGUGGGCCCGGGUCGAUGGGGUUUGCGGACGUCAAGUACGUGCCGAUCGGGACGUACACGGCACCGCGGAGUGUGAUUGACACGUUUUCAAAGGGGGGUGGGUAA